GUGCCACAUCCUCUUUCCUCUGGCACACUAACAAAAGCUUCGGAGAACAUGCUUCAAAUUCAACGCUGGCUGUAUAAUAUUUCUGCUUUAAAAACCAAGUUGAUAGCCAUAUAAAGCCACAUCAAGCUCUCAGUUGCUAAUUUAGGUUUGUCACCGCCGGUUUUUAGUAUCUAAAAUAACAUGGCUAGGUCCCUAGAGCCACUUGUGGUGGGAAAAGUGAUCGGAGAUGUGGUUGACAUGUUUGGCCCAGCUGCCGAGUUCACCAUCCACUAUGGAGCAAAACAGAUCACAAAUGGGUGUGAAAUCAAGCCCUCCGCUGCCGUCGAUAAGCCAAAGACCCAAAUCCUUGGUCCUCGUGAUCCUUCCAAUUAUUAUACACUAGUGAUGGUGGAUCCAGAUGCCCCUAGUCCUAGUGAACCGACAUUGAGAGAAUGGCUUCAUUGGAUUGUAGUUGAUAUUCCAGAAGGAAUGGAUGCUGCUGAAGGAAGAGAAGUGGUGCCGUACAUGGGUCCGCAACCACCCACCGGCAUUCACCGCUAUGUAUUUGUGCUCUUUAGGCAGAAAAGUUCCAUGAUGACAAAGAUUCGACUAGAUGAGGGGCGUAGCAACUUUAGCACCCGCCAAUUUGCUUCAGACAAUGAACUCGGACUUCCAGUUGCUGCACUCUACUUUAAUUCGCAGAAGGAACCUGGAACCAAAAAACGAAGUUAGAUGCUUUUGAUUCUGGUUAUGGGGCAGACCAAAAAAUUAUAAUGUGGUGGUGUUUGUGUACAUAAAUUUAUAGAACGAUAGGACGAAUAUGUAUGGUGGGGUUUAGAUGAUUUUCGAAACUGAUUUGGCAUUUUGCUCUCUUUAGGUUGUCUUAAUUUGUUUUCAUUUACUUUUUUCUUUUAUGAGAAUUCAAUUUUGCUUCUGCUUU